AUGAGAUUUCUGCUCUUUCUGAUUCUAAUACGGUUCCAUUACGUUAGAAGUGACUGCAACCCGAACGAUUUUUUGCUACCUGGGUCGAGCUGUAAUGAUGACAACGAAUGCAAGACAGAUCCCUCUGGCAAGUAUUCGUUUGCGGAUGGUGUAUACUACUGCUCUAAAGGAGUAGGAGACAGACAGUGCUGCCUUAACAGAGAUCAAAUGUGCAUGGCAAGCGAUGCUAAGGAAAGAUCGCAUCCAUUAACAAAAGCGACUCAAGCAGGCCAUCCUGAGGUCGUACUUUGCCAUGAAAACGCUGACUGCCAGAAGGCUCAAGGCUCUGCAGCGGACAAUUUCCAUUGCUUUGUGAGUUGCCAGUGA